AUGUAUGGUCCAUCGACAGGCCCUCAGACGGGCAUCAACACCCCUCGAUCCUCACAAUCUCUCCGCCCCUUGACCCUCACACAUGGCUCCCUCGAAUUCUCCUUCCUCAUUCCGACAUCCCUCCACUUCCAAGCCGCCCAGCUAAAAGACACAUUCAAGGCCACGCUGCCACAACCGACCGAUGAAUUGGCCCAAGACGACGAGCCGUCCUCCCUCGUCGAGCUUGUUGCCCGCUAUGUCGGCUACGUCGCAUACGAAGUCGACGAAGGUGACGAAGACGCCCACCCCACCAACUUAGAAGUCCUCAAGGUCGUGUUAAACGAAUUUGAGCGUGCUUUCAUGCGGGGAAAUGACGUCCAUGCCGUGGUCGCCGGUCUAUCAGGCAUAUCAGAAAAGAAAAUCUCGGUAGUCAAGUCAUAUUAUGCCGCUCGCGCUGCAGCUGGCCGCGCCACAAAGCCCUAUGACUCUGCUCUGUUCCGUGCUGCUGCCGAAAACGAUGUCAACAUAUACAGUGUCUUUGGCGGACAGGGUAACAUCGAAGAGUACUUUGACGAACUCCGAGAGGUAUACACUACUUACUCAUCCUUUGUCGAGGAUCUCGUCUCAUCCUCCGCCGAACUGUUGCAAUCGUUGUCGCGAGAACCUGAAGCCGCAAAACUCUAUCCAAAGGGACUAGACGUUCUUCAAUGGCUUCAUGACCGCGAUUCGCAGCCCGAUACUGACUACCUAGUUUCCGCUCCGGUCAGUCUUCCGCUCAUUGGAUUGGUCCAGCUGGCCCACUACAUGGUGACCUGUAAGGUCCUGGGCAGACAACCAGGAGAGUUCUUGGAGCGCAUUGGUGGUACUACGGGCCAUUCCCAGGGUGUCGUCACUGCUGCAGCUAUUGCCGCUGCCAAAACUUGGGAAGAAUUUGCCAAGGCCGCCAAACAAGCUAUCAUCCUCUUGUUUUGGAUCGGUCUUCGCAGCCAGCAAGCAUACCCUCGCACUUCGCUUGCUCCAUCUACCCUCCAAGAUUCAAUUGAAAACGGCGAGGGCACACCCACUCCCAUGUUGUCUAUCAGGGACCUGCCUCGAGCUGCUGUGCAAGAACAUAUCGAUGCGACCAACCAGCAUUUGCCUACAGACCGACACAUUGCCAUUUCUUUGGUCAACAGCGCCCGAAAUUUCGUUGUGACCGGCCCCCCCAUUUCCCUCUAUGGUCUCAACCUUCGUCUCCGCAAGGUAAAGGCACCCACUGGUCUUGACCAAAAUCGAGUCCCCUACACACAGCGAAAGACCCGAUUUGUGAACCGGUUCCUUCCCAUUACCGCCCCAUUCCACAGCCCUUAUCUGGCCGCUGCAUACGAUCAAAUUUUGGAGGAUGUUGAUGGAAUUGAAAUUCCAGCCAAAUCUCUCGCAAUCCCCGUUUACGAUACUCAAUCCGGUGAGGAUUUAAGGUCGAUUGGCGGCAAGAAUAUCGUUCCGGAAUUGGUUCGCAUGAUCACCCGAGAUGCGGUCAAUUGGGAACAAGCUACAGUGUUCCCCAAGGCCACUCAUAUCAUUGACUUUGGUCCUGGAGGUAUUUCAGGAUUGGGAGUCCUGACCAACCGCAACAAGGAUGGCACUGGGGUUCGCGUAAUUCUGGGUGGUGCAAUUGACGGUACCAAUGCAGAAGUUGGCUACAAACCAGAGCUUUUUGACCGCGACGAGCAUGCUGUUAAGUUCGCCGUGGACUGGGUUCGCCAGCACGGCCCUCGCCUUGUCAAGACAUCUGUGGGUCAGACCUUUGUUGACACCAAGAUGAGUCGGCUGCUUGGUGUCCCUCCCAUCCUAGUUGCUGGUAUGACCCCGACCACAGUCCCAUGGGACUUUGUGGCGGCCACCAUGAACGCGGGUUACCAGAUUGAACUUGCUGGCGGUGGUUAUUACAAUGCCAAAACAAUGACUGAGGCUGUCAACAAAAUCGAGAAAGCCAUUCCCCCCGGCCGCGGUAUCACUAUCAAUCUGAUCUACGUCAACCCCCGUGCGAUGGGCUGGCAGAUUCCUUUGAUCGGCAAACUUCGUGCAGAUGGUGUGCCCAUUGAAGGUUUGACGAUCGGCGCUGGUGUACCUUCUAUCGAGGUUGCCAACGAGUACAUUGAGACUCUCGGCAUCAAACACAUUUCAUUCAAGCCAGGGUCAGGUGAUGCCAUUCAACAAGUGAUUAACAUUGCCAAAGCCAACCCAUCAUUCCCCAUCAUUCUCCAGUGGACUGGUGGCCGAGGAGGCGGUCACCAUUCGUUCGAAGAUUUCCACCAGCCUAUUUUGCUCAUGUAUAGCCGCCUUCGCAAGUGCAAUAAUAUCGUCCUCGUGGCUGGUAGCGGAUUUGGUGGAGCUGAAGAUACCUACCCCUACCUCACCGGAACAUGGUCAUCUCGAUUCGGCUAUCCACCAAUGCCGUUCGAUGGCUGCAUGUUCGGUAGUCGUAUGAUGACUGCCAAAGAAGCGCACACGUCAACUAAUGCCAAGAAGGCAAUCGCCGCCGCUCCUGGUGUUGACGACAGCCAGUGGGAGAACACUUACAAUAAACCCACUGGAGGUGUCAUUACUGUCUUAUCUGAGAUGGGAGAGCCCAUUCACAAGCUUGCCACUCGCGGUGUCCUCUUCUGGAGUGAAUUGGAUAAGAAGAUCUUCAGUCUCGACAAGGCCAAACGAGUUGCCGAGUUGAAGAAAAACCGAGAGUGGAUUAUCAAGAAGCUGAACGACGACUUCCAGAAAGUCUGGUUUGGUCGGAACUCUGCCGGCGUCACUGUAGAUUUGGAAGACAUGACCUACGUCGAAGUGGUUCAUCGUAUGGUUGAACUUAUGUAUGUCAAGCAUGAGUCUCGUUGGAUUGACAACAGCUUGAAGAAGCUCACUGGCGACUUCAUUCGCCGCGUGGAAGAACGGUUCACAACCGCAGAAGGCCAAGCUUCUCUUCUUCAAACUUAUUCAGAGCUCGACACGCCAUACCCUACCGUUGACACCAUUCUAGCAUCCUACCCUGAAGCCUCCACACAACUCAUCAAUGCCCAAGACGUGCAAUACUUCCUUAUGCUAUGUCAACGUCGAGGCCAAAAACCCGUUCCAUUCGUUCCUUCUCUCGAUGAAAACUUUGAAUUCUGGUUCAAGAAGGACUCUCUAUGGCAAUCAGAAGAUCUUGAGGCGGUCUAUGGUCAAGAUGUUGAAAGAACCUGUAUUCUGCAAGGUCCCAUGGCUGUCAAGUACUCCAAUACAGUUGACGAGCCAGUCAAAGACAUUCUCGACAACAUUCACAGUGAUCAUAUCAACUUCUUGGUCCGCGAUGUGUAUGGUGGCAAGGAAGCAAAUGUCCCUGUCAUUGAGUACUUCGGUGGACAACCUCUUCGCACUGAGGACGAGGAGCCUGAAAUCGAUGGCCUCAUUGUGUCCGAAGAUGCUACCAAGACAUCAUACCGCCUGUCAAGCUCUCCAACUGCAGUACUUCCUGAUGUAGACAGUUGGCUACAACUUCUUGCGGGCAAUGUACACUCUUGGCGACAUGCCUUUUUCACUACCGAAGUGUUUGUGCAAGGCCAACGCUUCCAAACCAACCCAUUGAGACGACUGCUUGCUCCCACAAGAGGCAUGUACAUUGAGAUCCUCUCCGCUAGCGAUCCUAGCAAGACGGUUAUCAGUGUCCGAGAACCUAGCCAGUCUGCUAAGCUAGUCAAGACUCUCGAAAUCAAGCUUGUGGCCCCCAAGGAGGUUGCGCUCACCAUGUUCGAGGGUCGUACAGCUGAGGGUGGCGUAAUUCCGCUGACCUUCCGUUUCACUUACCACCCCGAGACUGGAUACGCUCCUAUCCGUGAAAUCAUGGAGAACCGCAACGAUCGCAUCAAAGAGUUUUAUUAUCGAGCAUGGUUCGGCGAGAAGGUUGUGCCCUUGGAUAGCGCCAUCACUGCGAUCUUUGACGGCGGGCGUGAAACAGUUACCGCACAAGCAGUUGCUGAUUUCGUACAUGCUGUGGGCAAUACCGGUGAAGCAUUUGUCAACCGCCCUGGCCAAGAUAUGUAUGCCCCCAUGGACUUUGCCAUUGUGGUGGGAUGGAAGGCUAUUACAAAGCCCAUCUUCCCGCGAAGAAUCGAUGGAGACUUGCUCAAGUUGGUUCACCUGUCCAAUGGUUUCAGAAUGGUUCCUGGAGCAGAGCCUAUCAAGGUUGGAGAUGUUCUCGACACCACGGCGCAGAUCAACGCCGUAAUCAACCAAGACUCGGGCAAAAUGGUCGAGGUUUGCGGCACAAUCAAACGCGACGGACAGCCAAUCAUGCAAGUCACAAGUCAGUUCCUGUACAGGGGCGUGUAUACGGACUUUGAAAACACCUUCCAACGGAAAGACGAAGUCCCUAUGCAACUUAACCUUGCUUCAAGCAAAGAUCUUGCCGUUCUUCGUUCUAAGGAAUGGUUCCGCCUGGAUGAAUCUGAUGUUGAGCUGCUCGGGCAAACUCUGACCUUCCGGCUUCAAACCCUGGUUCGCUUCAAGAAUAAUAAUGUCUUUAGCAACGUUCAAACGAUCGGCCAGGUCCUUGUUGAGCUUCCUACCAAGGAAGUUAUCCAAGUUGGAUCUGUGGACUAUGAGGCCGGUGUAUCGCAUGGCAACCCUGUCAUUGAUUAUCUCGAACGCAAUGGUUCAUCUAUUGAGCAGCCUAUAAAUUUCGAGAACCCAAUCCCACUUAGUGGUAAGACACCACUUGAGCUGCGGGCUCCAGCUUCAAACGAAAACUACGCCCGGGUUUCUGGAGAUUACAAUCCGAUUCACGUUUCCCGUGUGUUCUCGAGCUAUGCCAACUUGCCCGGCACUAUCACCCAUGGCAUGUACUCGAGUGCUGCUGUACGAAGCUUGGUCGAAACUUGGGCCGCUGAAAACAACAUUGGCCGAGUCCGAAGCUUCCACGUGAACCUGGUCGGGAUGGUCCUGCCUAAUGACGCCAUCACGGUGAAACUGGAGCAUAUUGGUAUGAUUGCUGGUCGGAAGAUCAUCAAGGUUGAGGUUAGAAAUAAGGAGACCGAAGACAGCGUCUUGCUAGGCGAAGCCGAGGUCGAACAGCCAGUUUCGGCUUACGUUUUCACUGGGCAAGGCUCGCAGGAGCAAGGUAUGGGUAUGGAUCUAUAUGGUAGCAGCGAUGUGGCAAAGGACGUCUGGGAUCGUGCCGACAAACACUUCUUGGAGAACUAUGGCUUGUCUAUCAUCGAUAUCGUCAAGAACAACCCCAAGGAAUUGACCGUCCACUUUGGUGGCCCUCGAGGAAAGGCUAUCCGCCAGAACUACAUGUCGAUGACCUUUGAGACCGUCAAUGCGGAUGGCACGAUCAAAUCCGAAAAGAUCUUCAAGGAGGUGGACGAGACCACCACAUCUUAUACCUACCGGUCUCCAGCCGGUCUACUCUCUGCCACUCAAUUUACUCAGCCUGCCUUGACAUUGAUGGAGAAGGCUAGCUUUGAAGACAUGCGCGCCAAGGGUCUUGUGCAGCGCGACAGCAGCUUUGCGGGACAUUCCCUUGGAGAAUACUCUGCGCUUGCCGCUCUGGCAGAUGUCAUGCCAAUUGAAAGCUUGGUGUCAGUAGUGUUCUACCGUGGUUUGACCAUGCAGGUUGCCGUAGAGCGUGAUGAACAGGGUCGCUCCAACUACUCGAUGUGUGCCGUCAAUCCUAGCCGCAUCUCCAAUACUUUCAACGAGCAAGCUCUGCAAUAUGUCGUGGAGAAUAUCUCCGAGGUCACAGGUUGGUUGUUGGAAAUCGUCAAUUACAACGUAGCCAAUAUGCAAUACGUUGCUGCCGGAGACUUACGUGCCCUGGACACCCUGACCAAUCUGCUCAACGCGCUCAAGGCGCAGAAAAUCGACAUCCCAACGCUGAUGGAAGAAAUGUCUCUCGAAGAUGUCAAAGCCCACCUCGUGCAAAUCAUCCAAGGUUGUGUCAAACUCACCGAAGCCAAACCGACACCCAUCGCCCUCGAGCGCGGAUUCGCCACGAUCCCUCUUCGUGGUAUCGACGUGCCCUUCCACAGCACCUUUUUGCGCUCGGGCGUCAAGCCUUUCCGGUCUUUCUUGCUCAAGAAGAUCAACAAGACGACCAUUGACCCGAGCAAGCUUAUUGGCAAAUAUAUCCCGAACGUGACAGCCAGACCGUUUGAGAUUACAAAGGAGUACUUUGAAGAAGUUUAUAAACUGACCGGUUCCCCGCGUAUCGCGAAUGUUUUGGCCAAUUGGGAAAAGUAUGAGGAUCCAAAGGAUGCUGCUCGUGCGGCUACCACUGCUACGGCUUAA